AUGUGUCACAUUGCUUGGGCUGGAGGUUGCACGGUUGGCCACAAGUGGUCACCGUUUCGUUGGCCAGUGGGCAGGGAGCAUCCGAUGCUUGAAGUGGAGAGGUCAGCCAAGGUCCAGAAAGGACUGGAAGCAACAAAAAUAAAAAGCUGUGGGCCAUCGCUGCCAGUUGCAUGCCCCGCAUGCCGGAUGAGGGGCGGGAAAGCCGCAAGUGCCGCGUACUGUGCAGCUUGGCUCGGGGCAUGGGCGCUCCAAGCCCGCGAUGCUAGGUCAGCAAUGAAGAUCGCAGUGAUCCUGCUGGCGGCAGCUGCCGCUGUCAAGCUCCGCUUAGACCGGAGCCUGGUGGACCCUGACUCGGACGACCAGUGGUGCAGUGGCAACCAGUUCCCGCUGGAUGUGGACAGCCUGUAUCACGCUGCCGGGCUGGCCAAAGGCGAGGAUCUUUUCGACAAGAACGAGCUCAAGCAGUUUCAGGCGGGGCUGAAGGCCUCUCCCGACUGGGCUGCCGCCUCCACUUGGCACCUUCGGGUCACGGUGAACAGCUCCUUGUCAGUGGCCACCAACUUCGGGUUUCCAGGCUUUCAGGUGACCGUGCCAGCAGGCGCCCAAGGCGAGCUGCAAAUUACGGACCGUGUGGAGAGCUCGCUGGACCCGAGCUUCCGGUACCUGGACGGGCCCGAUGUCUUGAAUGGAGAUGUGACAUUCACCAAGUUCUGCCUCCGGCCGAAGCUCUGCGGGGAGGAGGACUUCUGCACAGAUGGCUGGAAGCCCAAGGUGUCUGACACUGUCCUGCCAGGCAAUUCAAGGGUGGAGUGCUGCGAAGUCAUCCUGUGCAGCGAGGCGCCAGAGGUGGACAGCUGCAGUGGCACCAUUUGGACGCCGAAGCCAAACUUCACGGAGCUGCAAGGUCAUACGAAGGAUCGUUGUUGUCAUCCAGUUUGGUGCGAGCCCAAUAUUAUCUGCAAAGGCUCUGACGUGAAGGCCAAGAACGGGACCGGGCUCCGCGGGAGCACGCCGGAAGAGUGCUGUGAGCCCGCGUACUGCCGGCAUUUCGCUUGCCCGUCGGAGACGCAAUACACCUUGAUGGUUUACAACGCUGAUGGAAGUGCCCGGCGUGGGAGCACCACGGAAGACUGCUGCAAAGAAGAGAAGUGCUCCGAGCUGGAUUGCAGCACCAGCCCGCGUGGCAGCUGGAAGAACAAGACACACCCCAGUGGUUUGGGAAGUACUUACCCUGAAUGCUGUGAAGAAAGCUACUGCGUGGACUUCGCAUGUCAGCCCAGCAGCCAGUGGCAGCACAGGAAGGAGACGUCCAUCAGGGGUGGUGACCAUGCGACCUGCUGCCAGCCAUUGAAGUGUGCGAAAUACACAUGCAAGGAUCCCACCCUGGCGGUCCGCCGGCUUCCCGAUGGCAAGCUGACAGAAGAUCUGGGAAGCAGCGACGAUGAGUGCUGCGAGCUGAAGCCGUGCCAGGACUACACUUGCAGUGACCCAACCAUGUGGACACUCAAGCCAGUGCUGAUGGAUGGAUCGUUGCGAAAAGGCUUUGAUGAUGAUACCUGUUGUGAGGCAAUCUACUGUGAGCACUCGAUGGACUGCGAGCGUGUGGAUGGCAGCAAGUGGCGGUCCAGGGGCCAGCGGGGCCUGCAGGGCAGCACCAAGGAGCAGUGCUGCCACGCCAACCUCUGCGACAGCUACACUUGCAGCAGCGAUGUGGAUGGAGACGGUGACGGCACCCAGUGGUACAAGAAGGUGGACACCAAUGCUCAUCAAUAUCUGGGCCAAACGGAUGAAGAGUGCUGCUUUCCGAAGUAUUGCUCGCAGUAUGUGACCAAGCUGCCUUUGAGCAAAUGGAAGCGCAACAACACGAAGGGACUGCAAGGCAGCACGGACGGGGAGUGCUACCUGGAGCGCAAGUGCCUGGAGGAGGUGGACUGCCACGCCCUAGGCGUGAACCUGACGGACGCGACCCGACUCGGUAGCACCAGGGAUGAGUGCUGCUGGUAG